CAGCCGAUUUUUUAUAUGUAUAUCUUCAAAAGAUUAAUGGAAAUGGUGAGCCCCUGUAAACAUGAAGAAUCUCCGAGCAAAAGGUCAGCCGACAUACAGAAAAGGCGUAUGGACUGGAAUGAAAUGGACAUCUCGCCGAGCAAGAGGUCAGAACCCCUGCAGGAGAUUCAACUGGAUAACCGGAUGACAGAACAGACCAAAGAUGCUGUGCAAAAAACAAAAGAGAACAUAGAUGAAAUGCAGUAUUUGCUUUUCAUAAAAAGGAUUAUUGAGACUGGAGAUAAGCGCGUGGACCGUACUCUGGUAGGAACGUUGUCAAUUUUUGGCGCCCAAAUGCGCUACGAUUUGCGCGACUCGUUUCCCCUGCUGACAACCAAGCGUGUAUUCUUUCGAGGCGUGGCCGAGGAACUGCUGUGGUUCAUUGCCGGCAAGACCGAUGCCAAGAUAUUGCAGGCAAAGAAUGUGCGCAUAUGGGAUGCUAACAGCACACGCGAGUUUCUGGACCGCUGUGGGCACACCGAUCGGGAUGUUGGGGAUCUGGGUCCAGUUUAUGGAUUCCAGUGGCGUCACUUUGGCGCUGACUAUGGCACUUGCAAUGACGAUUACACCGGCCAAGGUAUUGACCAAUUACAACAAGUAAUACAUACGAUUCGAACUAAUCCCUCGGAUCGUCGUAUUAUCAUGUCCGCCUGGAAUCCGUUGGAUAUACCCAAAAUGGCGCUGCCGCCGUGUCAUUGCCUGGUUCAGUUCUUUGUAUCGCAGUCCAAGGGCGAAUUGUCCUGCCAGCUAUACCAGCGUAGUGCUGACAUGGGCCUCGGCGUUCCCUUCAACAUUGCUUCCUAUGCUCUGCUCACCUAUUUAAUAGCCCAUGUGACGGGUCUGAAGCCCGGUGAAUUUAUCCACACUAUAGGUGAUGCUCACGUUUAUCUCAACCAUAUCGAACCGCUGCAGCAGCAGAUAAAACGUAGCCCUAAACCCUUUCCCAAGCUCAACAUCAAGCGGCAGGUUACGAACAUUGAGGACUUUCGCUACGAAGACUUUGAAAUUGUUGGCUACAAUCCUGAUAAAGUCAUCCCAAUGGAGAUGGCCGUAUAAAACAGAACUAAUUACUGCUGGCAUUUUAAUAACUUUUUUCACUUGUAUUAGAAAUAAAGUUUGGUGUACAUAUUCCUUAA